AUGGGCCGAGCAUUGGGCCACCGGAGUGGACACGCGCCGUGCUCGCCAGUCAAUCUCGGGAGUUUUGCCAGAAGCUGGUACAUUAUGUUCCACGGAAACACGUUGAGAAACUCGUUCAGCGUGUUGGUCAGCAUGAUUGAUGUUGGCACCACCGUGAACAAGAACCGUUUCUGCAUCGUUUUGCCGACCCCCACCAAACUGUUCCACGAGACAACGUACAUGCGAUCGUUGCUGCUGAAGCUGCCUCCGUCGCCGCGCAUACCUGAAGGCACGCUACGCCUGCCAGCCGUCAAGCUGAAGCGAGCUGCCCAGGUUGUGAUCUCCUCGUAUUGCUUGGUGAGGAGCGAGUGGAUCUGGCUGUCGUCGUUCGCUUCCUUCGUGGUCAUGCGGUCGAGGACCUUCAAAGUUUGGAUUCUCUUGGCGAGGUUCUUCUGGAUGUCGGACACCCGGCCACCGCUUUAUCGCGUGAAAGUCGGGUCUGUUGCGUUCUCGGACGUGUUGAUGGUCUUCUUGGCCUCCAGUACGUUGUCCUGGAUCGUGCGGGGAUACUGCGCGGACCCGACCGAGGCGUUGAUCUUGGGGUUGGCGUUCAUGGAGUCGGACAUGCUGGAUGCCAUGGAACUCUUGCUUUUCUCGGACUCCUGCAGGAUGGACCCUGCAGCCGCCAGCUCAUUUGUCGGUGACACCGAGGCGAGGAACCGCACCACUGGUACGCACUUGUCUAUCCUACAAUACCGGGAGCAGCGCGUGGAAGUCAGCUACAACGCUGGGAUCAGCGCCUGCGAGAAGGGCGAGCAGUGGCGGCGGGCUCUGGCGCUGCUGAGCGAGCUUUGCGCGUCUAAGUUGGAACCCACCGUCAUCAGUUACAGCGCUGGGAUUAGCGCGUGCGAGAAGGGCGCGCAGUGGCAGCGGGCGUUGGCGCUGCUCAGCGAUAUGUGGAUGGCGAAGCUGGAGCCCGACGCCUGGUCAUCUACAACGCUGGGAUCAGCGCGUGCGAGAAGAGCGAGCAAUGGCAGCGGGCGCUUUCUCUGCUCAGAGAGAUGCGGAAGGCGAAGCUGGAGCCCGACUCAGCUAUAA